AUGGCCACUAGUGACUUCCUCCGCCUCUGUGGACACUCUGGACAUGGGGCUGAGGACGGACAUACAGUCCGUACCCAUUCGAAAAGUACUUGCCAGCUAUGGCGGAGGCUGCUGAGCGGUAAACUCGUUACUCUCGCCACCCGGGAGAAAAAAAAGCAAGACAUUCAGCUCCAGAAUCAGUUCUUAGCCCCGAGGUCAACGAGCCCCAGGCUCCGCCCACCGUGCCUGCUGGACGCAGGAGCAGCGACGCAACUCUGCCUGCGACGCCGGCUGCCCCGAAACGAGGCGCAGGGGCUGGGGCUGUGUGUCGUCAUAUGUGUGCGACAGCAUCUGCGCUGUUGCUUUUUCGUCGUUGAGGCUGCUGCGCUCCAGAGUCAGCCGAGGCUCCGGGUCUAUUCAUUCCUGUUGGACUUUGCGUUAGUGUCUGGAGAGGGAGCUCGGUUCCGGUGUUGCGAGUCCUCGCCUGGAGACGCGCGAGAUGGAGAAGGCGUGCGGGGGUUGUCCCCAUCUCUUGCUCCCGGUGCCCGGAGUGUCUGGACUCGGUGUCUCUGGUCUGUGGAAAACCUCCGGCUGUGGACUUCGCGGGAAGAGUCACCCCCUCGAGAUCGGGAGGACUGCAGUGGAGAGCAGAGCCACUGGGACCCCUCACGCCCUGACCCCGGGGAUCGCGUGCUGUCCGCGGUGGCUCAGUUGGGAACCGAGCCCCGGGAGCUUCAGGUUUCCUCUUCUUGUUCUCCUUCCAGAGAGGGACCCUUUCGGAUCGGGGAGCUUAUUUUAGCUCAGACAGGGAAAAGACACACGCAAUUUAAGAAAUGAUUUCGGCUGUGCAACGUCGGACACUUUGAUACUAACCGGGGGCAAUCACAUUCAGCGAGAUCGUGGGCAAGUUCCCCCGGACAAAUCCCGACGAGUUCUUCUGUUAAGAGUUUUCUGCUGCAGAGACCAGCUUUGGGGGAAUAUGUAUUACUGAUGAAAAGAGGGCUUACCGUAAUGUAUCCAGAGGUAUUGCGAAGGGGAUUAGGAGAUAAAGGAUGUACUGAUGAUGGACAUCAGCCCAGGGGACACUUUUGGAAGCAGACUCAGGCUGUGGUGCAGUGAGCUUACUUUUAUCCAAAGCAGAUAAGUGAGGUUGGAGAUUGGCUGCUUUGUCUUACAAAAUGGAGAAGUGGAAUUCUGCUUGGUUCAAAAGUCAGACCAAAAUCAACACAAAUUUACAAUUACAUUCUCUCAAGGAAAUUGGAGUUGGAAACGAAGUAUUUCAAGAGGAGAACCAUAUUGAGCUUCAGUUUUAUUUUAUGCUUAUUUCUGAUCCUUUUCUCGUCAGGUUAAGGAAGUUCAAACCACAGCUGAACUGAGUACCUGAGGUGACAGCAAUCAAUUUGAAGGCAGAGAAGUAUCAAAUGAGAACGUAUUCUCAAUCGCUGUCAUAAACUGGUACUUUCAGUUAUUACUAUGAUUUAUGUAACUUUUACAUAUGUUUGAGGAGUAACAGAAGCUAGAGAACAUUGUACAGCUGGGUAACUGCCCCAUUUUGACAUUGUCUUGCAUUUAAUUGGACACUCUGUAGCUAUGAUUCCAGGUUGCUUUAGUAGAGCCUUGUCAUUCUUCACUUCCUGUGAACCACUCCAUAGCUUUGUCUUGCUUCAUAAAAUUAGUUUCCUUUUCUUUGUUUGAUUGAUGGUCAUUGGCUACCGAAAUAAAAUAUGCAUUUUAAGGUAAA